UAUCAAAGCAAAGGAAUACUACUGUUCAACAUUACAUGUAGUACUGCACCUGAACAAGCAGAGAGCUGCGUUUCAUGUCAUCAGCUGGGUUGUAAAUGUGUAUCUUGUAAUAUCGGACGGGGACGAACUACAGCCGAUAGCUUCAGUGUGAGCGACCCGAUCUCAUGCUCUUGCUCACCCUCAGAUGCAACAAUCGAUCUUCCCUACUUUGUUAAGACACGCGACUUUAUUAUGGGGGCGGUGUUGGUUUGUUAUUGUUUUUCUUCAGGAUAACAAGAAAGCGUGUAAAUAUCUUGAUAUACUCGAUCAGCAGUGCCACAGGCACAGGCACAAGAACAGUUCCUUGAAUUCGGAUUCUGAUUACUGAAGUCUGAGGAAAUUUCAUUUUCAGCAGCUACAUCUUCGAUCUAUUCAGCUUUCCACCAUUCAUCUCUAUUUCUAAUCUUCAGCACAGCCAGAUCGGGUGAGCAUAAUGAUGCACAGUAAAGGGGCCGGCACCGGGAACAAUGUCGGACGCAUGCCGCACACAUUGCAUAGGAGCGGGCCACAGAGUAGCAGCAGCCGAGCAGAGCGGCCGGUGUGUGGUGUGUUGGAUCCGUAUGUGAUACCGCCGGAAAAGUUGUACCUUUUCAUCGACAGCCUGAACCCCAAAGUGGUUGAAGCCUUGUUCCGGUCCGUUGCCGGGAGGACGACGCAAAAUGAGCUGAAUCGGAUUCGGGACUUUGACGGGUUCUCUUACUACGUUGGGCGCAUCAAUUUGCGCCAGCACGAGGUAGAAGAAUUGACAGCUUCGGUAAACCUCCUUCCGGCGCCAGUCCCGAGCUCCACCGCUUCCGCGCUUCGGAAAAAUGCCGAUCGAGAUCCUCCAUCUGCUGUACAAGAUCGAGACGGCAAUUCUGUGAGGAAAGCCGUGAUCGAGUUUCGACUGGAGUUUCGAUAUCUGAACGAGUUGGUUUCGCGCGAGCAAGAGACGGACCAGAACAAGGUAACACAGAUAGCACGUGCCGUUUUGGACAAGGAGCUUGGGCUUUUGUUCAGCCACAGAUCGUUUCCGUCAGGUCAGGAGCACUCCUUAGACCAUUUGAAGCAGAACUAUUCCUUGAAGAUUUACAGGAACGAAUUGGUGUUGCUGUUGCCGCUCCCGGCUAGUAGUAGCGGAACCAGUUCCAGUUCUUCCGCCUCCACGCGAGCUGGUGCCAUAUCUGCAAGUACUAGAAACGCGCUCCAGUUUUACCAUGAGUCGCAAUUUCAGUGGCUUGCGCGGCUUCCGGCUACAAUGCUAAAACUCCCUCUGAGUGCCUACCUGCUCGCCAUGCGUGCCGGCCGGUUGGAGGAGCUGCCUCCCGUGUACGCGUUUCACUGCAGUUCCGGCAGUGAGGAAGAAGGUCCAGUCGAGACUAUUAAAGCAGGUGGUCAAAAGGACGCGUCCGGCGCGCCACUUUACCAAUUGAUCGAUCCUGCAAGCAAGGAUAAAAUCUGGAUUUGCGCCUUCCCACGCGAGCUCGACUCUGCCAAAGACCCUCGAUUGCAAAUUGUGGUGCCGAUUCACUACGAAGAUCCACUGGAAGUGACUGUAGGCCAGUUGGCCUGCCAAGAAUUUCAAGAAGCUCAACGAAGCGUGACGGGCAGUUGCGUCCCGUGCUCGUUCUAUCCGCACAGACUCCUCUUCGCCGAAACUGCGUCACCUGGUGUUGUUGCAGCAGACGAUCACGCGGCAAGUGCUGCCGGCGCAGCACGUAGGAGCGAGUCCUCCUUCGAUCUGCUGAAGGAACACCUCAGAAACGCGCAAGCUCGUAUGAGAAUAGAGAAAAACUGCUCGUCUCCCCAGGAGCGCGAUAUCCUGUCCCUUUUUGCACGUGAGCAGGAAGCGAUCGCCGGCGCAGUAGAUGAUCCACGACACAGCAGCAACAUGGCAGUCGAGCAACAAGAAGAGGUGGAGCACGAAGAUGCUAGGCUGCUGAAACGCUCCCGUAAGGAGCUCGAAGAACUACUCUCCGAGACGUUUUCCAUAGGCGUGUUUGUUUUCACCGUACAUGCCAUGGACGGGUUCCUCAGAUCCCCGAAACGCGUCUCGUGGCUCGCGCAGUACAUCACUAGUGUCCGUCCCUUUCUGGCUAUGCACGUGAAACAGUCCAAAUCAGGCAUCUACAGCCGCAUGCGCGGACGCAUUCGAAAACUGCAAGAAAGUAUCAAUAUCGAGAACUGAUACUGAAGGGAACACAGGCGUUGAGAGUUGCCAGCGGCAGUUCGAGUCUCAUCGAAGCGUGUAACUACCUGCUUACAUGCACAAGCAGAAUCCCGUAAGCGCAACCGUAUACGGUUUUAUCGCUUUCGCCGCCGG